CCUCAGACUGACUGAAAUGAUGACCAGGUCUAUAGCUCUUCUGAUCUGCUCCUGUCUGCUGGCCGUGGUGGCGGGUAUACCCCUGGAUGUGGACUGCAGCCGUCGUCAGGAUGUGAAUACUGUGAGGGGCUGUUGCGCCUAUCCAAAUCUAAACUUUGAUCAGUUUAGAAAACAAUGUGGAAAAUAUAUGCCAGUUGGCUCUCCAAAAGUAUCUGCCUGUUUAUAUGAAUGCAUUUUCAAUGCCACUAAUGUUUUGGAUGGCUGGGAAGUAAAUCCCAGCAACACUCGCAGUAUGCUGGAGCGUCUGUUGGGCAACAAUCAGGACUUCCUGGAGGCUUAUGUGGAGGGCAUGCUCAACUGCUCGGAUACUGUGCAAGCCAUGAUGAAGAACCGAAGGUCCCGAUAUCCGAAUGCCUCCGAAUGCAGCCCGGUGGCUGUUUACUUUGCCAUCUGUACCCAAAAGUACGUCUUCAACCACUGUCCCUCGUCCAGCUGGGCGGGAACAGAAGCGUGUGAGACGGCUCGGUUGCAGAGCCUGAAUUGUCCAAAUGCCCAAUUGUCACGUGGUGUUGGUCUCAAAAAGCAGUGACUUUCGGCCAGAGUAAUAAACCUUAAAUGAGCAUAGCAUAUUUAUAGCAUUAUGGGGCGCACUAAAUGGGGCAAGCUAAAAUAAAUUUAUAUAAAAUACACACAUUUCCGGCUUGGGUUCUA